ACUUAUAUCGUAGCUGUAUUAUAAUUUGUAUUCCAAUAUCAUGUUAACAGUGACGACGUGUACUUUUUUUAAUGGUUUAAGUAAUCAGAUUUAUUGAAUUGUGGUUUUUUUAUUAAAAUAUAAUAAUGAAUCAUCCGGCCGUAGUAGUUUCAAGGAGAUCUGUUGGAUACAAAAGUUUGAUAACGUUCACCGUACUUUUGAUUGCGUGGCUUGCCGGCUUUUCUUCUCGUUUAUUCGCAGUGAUUCGAUUUGAAUCUAUUAUUCAUGAGUUUGAUCCUUGGUUUAACUACCGAGCGACGGGGUUUAUGGUACAACAUGGAUUUUAUAAAUUUCUAAAUUGGUUUGAUGAACGAGCCUGGUAUCCUUUGGGAAGAAUUGUUGGUGGUACUGUUUAUCCAGGACUUAUGAUAACUUCUGGUUGUAUACACUAUAUUUUGCACUCUAUGAAUAUACCGAUACAUAUACGUGAUAUAUGUGUUUUUUUGGCGCCGAUUUUUAGUGGAUUAACAUCAAUUUCAACCUACUUACUCACUAGUGAAAUAUGGUCCCAAGGAGCAGGGCUUUUCGCUGCGAGUUUUAUAGCCAUUGUACCUGGAUAUAUAAGUCGUUCAGUAGCAGGAUCAUAUGAUAACGAAGGAAUUGCCAUAUUUGCACUGCAAUUUACAUAUUUUUUAUGGGUGCGAUCCGUGAAAACUGGAUCUGUUUUUUGGUCGGCUGGAGCAGCACUGUCAUAUUUCUACAUGGUCUCUGCGUGGGGUGGAUAUGUAUUCAUUAUUAACUUAAUACCUCUUCACGUAUUUACAUUGUUAAUAAUGGGUCGGUAUUCUGAGAGGAUUCUAACUAGCUAUUCAACGUUUUAUAUUUUGGGUCUUCUGUUAUCAAUGCAAAUCCCAUUUGUAGGUUUUCAACCUAUACGAACAAGUGAACACAUGGCCGCUCUUGGAAUAUUUGUACUUUUGCUCAUCAUUGCUAUUCUUCGACAUCUUCAAAGCGUAUUAUCUCGUAGUGAAUUUCGUAAAGUUUAUCUGUUUGGAGCAAUUACGGCUGCAUUUAUCGUAUUUACUGGUGUGGUUGUUCUUACUGUAAAGGGUGUUAUUGCACCGUGGAGUGGUCGUUUCUACUCCUUAUGGGACACUGGAUAUGCUAAAAUACAUAUACCUAUUAUUGCUUCAGUCUCGGAACAUCAACCGACAACUUGGUUCUCCUUUUUUUUCGAUUUACAUAUACUUGUUUGCUCGUUUCCUGUUGGAAUUUGGUAUUGCAUUAAAAAUGUUAAUGACGAACGUGUUUUCGUUAUACUUUAUGCCAUCAGUGCUGUAUAUUUCGCCGGUGUUAUGGUGCGUUUAAUGUUAACUCUUACCCCCGUCGUUUGUAUUCUUGCUGGGAUUGCCUUUUCUACUUUGUUUGAAGUAUUUCUUAAAGAAGAUAACACUUCAAAAAUGAUUCCUCAAAGAGAUGUAUCGUUGCAACCUGAGGAUCAUGAUGAUAAUUCAAUAGAGAAAAAGAAUCUGUAUGACAAAGCUGGAAAAGUUAAAUUUCGUCCGAAACAUGAUACUAUAAAUGAUAUUCGAACUGGAAUUGGUUCCAACCUGAAAAGCGUUAUUAUACUCGCUAUUUUAAUGAUAUUGAUGAUGUUUGCAGUACAUUGUACAUGGGUUACAAGUAACGCUUAUUCGAGCCCAUCAAUUGUUCUUGCCUUCCACAACAACCAGGAUGGUUCACGUAAUAUAUUAGAUGACUUCCGGGAAGCUUAUUAUUGGCUUUCACAAAAUACUGACGACAAUGCCCGUAUUAUGUCAUGGUGGGACUAUGGUUAUCAAAUUGCUGGCAUGGCAAACAGAACUACAUUGGUUGACAAUAAUACUUGGAAUAAUAGUCAUAUAGCAUUAGUUGGAAAAGCUAUGUCAUCUACUGAGGAAGCAUCAUAUGAAAUUAUGACUUCUCUAGAUGUAGAUUAUGUUCUCGUUAUAUUUGGUGGAGUUAUUGGUUACUCCGGUGAUGAUAUAAAUAAGUUUUUAUGGAUGGUUCGAAUCGCUGAGGGAGAGCAUCCCAAGGACAUUAAAGAAAGUGAUUACUUUACAGACAGAGGAGAAUUUCGUAUAGAUUCCGAAGGGGCACCUGCUCUUUUAAACUGUCUCAUGUAUAAACUGAGUUACUAUAGAUUCGGCGAAUUGAAACUUGAUUACAGAGGUCCAGCUGGAUACGAUCGAACGAGGAACGCAAUAAUAGGAAACAAAGAUUUCGAUCUUACUUUCCUUGAGGAAGCUUAUACUACAGAACAUUGGCUAGUACGAAUUUAUCGCGUAAAAAAACCUUAUGAAUUCAAUCGACCUUCAUUAAAACUCAGUGAAAGGAUAGUAACACCAACUAAUUAUAUCACGAAAAAGAAUCCUAAACGUCGUAAAGGAUAUAUAAGAAGUCGACCAACAGUUAUUAAAGGAAAAAGAACCAAAAAAAUCAAUAAUAUAAGCUAAACACUUAAACGUUUGUUUUUCCGCCAUGCUUAUGACUUUAUUUUCAGCUUUACAUCACUUUAGAAAAUAACAUUAUGCAUAAGCAUUAUAUAUCUGUCACUAUGUUAAUAAAAGUAAUAAAAGUAUAUUUGUUUCAUUAAUUUUAAAUUUUCUGUUGUAAGGUUAUAUAUUAAAAAAGGGGUAUCGCCCGUAAUAAUUCAAAAUUUUUACUGUCCUUAAGAUACACAUUUUAAAAUACAGGCGUUCUCAUGGGCACGGAUUUUUAAACAACAGCACGACUUCGAGACAGCAGAAAUGUUUCUAAUUUUCCCAACGACAAUGGUCGCAGUAGAGCUGCCACUAAUAUGUGAAAUGUAAAAUUAUUCAAAGUUCUAACAAGUAUGAUGUUAUUUUGCCAGCAGAAGCGUAAUAACAAUCGAUUAAAUCGACCUAUUUUUAAUUUUUUUGCGUAAAUAAUUUCACUUUAAACUAAAUAUGUAAAUUUUAUUGAAGUGACAGAUGUUAGUACGGCAACAAUGAAAUUGCUGCUUGAUAUAUCGCUGCCGCCUUCAAAAUGUUUAAGACUCUGGCUUCAAAGCAACAUUUGUAAUCAGCCGUCGCUGGGUCGUGUCGUCGUCUUUGUGUUCAGCACUUAACUUGGCGGUGACGGUCUGACAACGAAUUCUAGUAAAAAAAGGUGUUUGCGCCGAAAGAGGGUGAUCUGCAGACAAGGUACAUAGUUGUAGUUUUCGAAAUAUUUAUAUUUAAUAGUCCAAUUUUUUGUAUGAUCCACAGUCGUAUUUGUUCGAUGAACUGUUGGUAAAAAAAGAAUUACGGGCUUUUUCGACAAUGUAGAAAAGUCUGCCAACUUUGCGUAGGUUUGUCAGCUGACGUUAUGCCGACCGAUGCUCUUGCAUGACACUUAUUCAAACCUGCCCAUCGAAACAUUUGCAUUUAUAAACUUAAAGUAGAGUGAAAAUAAAAUUCGGGUAUUUUAUUAAAUUUGACAAAAUAAUUCAAUUUGUAUAAAAAAAGAAUUAUAAAACUAUAUACAAAUUAUUACUUGACUUAAAAAAGUUAGAUGCAGUUAUAUUUCACACAACACAUUGACGAGUUUCAACUUCAGCUGUUAUUAUUACCCAGCAAGUCAUGGGUACUGAACCUGAACCACAUUCAAAGAAAUUUUAAUCCACCACUACAUAUACACAGAACAUAGAUAUCGAGAACUGAAGGGAAGCGAGACGCAUUUGCAGACGUAAAAAGAAAGAGGCCGAAAUGCGUGAGUAUGAAAAGCUUGAAAAGCUGGCCGACAUGGGUAAUGCUCGAAAAUUUUAUGAAAAGAUGAGGCGAUUAACAGAAGGUUUCAAGACCGGAGCAUUAUCAUGUAGGGACCGAGAAGGUAAUUUGGUAACGGAUGUCCAGAGCACACUGGGAUUAUGGAGGGAACACUUCUCCGACCUGCUCAAUGGCAGUGAAAGUACAACACCAGGAGAUGGCGAACCCGAUUCCCCAAUCGAUGACGAUGGAAUAGAUGUUCCAUUACCCGACCAUGAAGAAAUUCGAAUAGCAAUUACCCGCUUGAAGAACAACAAAGCGGCGGGGGCCGAUGGAUUACCGGCCGAGCUAUUCAAAUACGGCGGCGAAGAACUGAUAAGGUGCAUGCAUCAGCUUCUUUGUAGAAUAUGGUCGGAAGAAAGCAUGCCUGACGAUUGGAAUCUUAGUGUGCUCUGCCCAAUCCAUAAGAAGGGAGACCCCACAAUCUGCGCCAACUAUCGUGGUAUAAGUCUCCUCAAUAUCGCAUAUAAGGUUUUGUCGAGCGUAUUGUGUGAAAGACUAAAGCCCACCGUCAACGAACUGAUUGGACCUUAUCAGUGUGGCUUUAGACCUGGAAAAUCCACAAUGGACCAGAUAUUCACCAUGCGCCAAAUCUUGGAAAAGACCCGAGAGAGAAGAAUCGAUACUCACCAUCUUUUUAUCGAUUUUAAAGCUGCCUUCGAUAGCACGAAAAGGAGCUGCCUUUAUGCCGCGAUGUCUGAAUUUGGUAUCCCUGCAAAACAAAUACGGCUAUGUAAGCUGACGUUGAGCAACACCAAAAGCUCCGUCAGGAUCGGGAAGGACCUCUCCGAGCCGUUCGAUACCAAACGAGGCUUCAGACAGGGUGACUCACUAUCGUGCGACUUCUUCAAUCUAUUGCUGGAAAAAAUAAUACGAGCUGCAGAGCUGAAUAGAGAAGGUACAAUCUUCUAUAAAAGUGUACAGCUGCUGAUAUUGAUAUCAUCGGAAGCAACAACCACGCCGUUUGUUCUGCUUUUUCCAGACUUAUUAAAGAAGCGAAGCGUAUUGGUCUGGUGGUGAUUGAGGACAAGACGAAAUAUCUCCUGUCAUCAAACAAACAGUCAGCACACUCGCGCCUUGGCUCCCACGUCACUUGACAGUCAUAACUUUGAAGUGGUAGAUAGUGUCGUCUACUUGGGAACCAGCAUUAACAACACCAACAAUGUCAGCCUCGAAAUCCAACGGAGAAUCACUCUUGCCAACAGGUGCUACUGGGGUUUCCGAGAGAAAGGUUCUGCGCAAGAUUUAUGGUCCUCUUAACAUUGGCAACACUGUACCCGCUGGAGGAAGCCGCUGAAAAGGACGACCUCCACUCCGAUGGAAAGACCAAGUAGAAAGUGACCUGGCGUCGCUUGGUGUUUACAGUAUAUAUAUGUAUAUACAUAUAUAUAUCUGAGAGAUUUCCGAUAUUUUUUUUAUGUUCUGUACUCCUUCGUCGAGUUGUAAAAAAGGGUCGCCGUGGAGAGAGUGAGAGAGAAGAUGUGAGAAAGGAGGAGAAGUUGGGCGUUCACUUUGGAACACAUGCCAUAUAUUCCAGUGGUGGUUGAGGGAGUUUCGGGAUGUAGAAAUUUAACAGCAGUGGGGAGAGAGCACCGCCCUAUGGAACACCUUGUUUAAUAUUUCUUAGUUUUGACGUUUCUACGGUUCUCUUACAAAGUGGUUUCUGAUUGAGGUCAUGAACUAUCUGAGUGUGAUUAUAAUUCUCUUGGGAGGUUUAGUUAUUAAUUGUGAGAAAGUCUUAGCGCAUCUAUAUACUGGUUAUAUAUAUACAUGCCAUUUCGGUGAUCUAAAUUUUAAAUAUUUCAGACUCAACAUUGCCCGAUUCGAUAGCUAUACCCUGACAUUUGCGAUUGAUAACACUAUCGAUAAUAUGAUAAAGCAUGGUGUUGUGCAAAUAAAUGCGAUCUCAGAAGAUCUGGCUGGAUGAAUGAACGGCGUGGGGUCACGGGCCAGGUGUUUGAUUCUCAGCAAAGUCGUCGAGUGGUCCAGAUGGUAGAACAUAGCACACUACCAUAGUCAGUUGGUCUACAUGUGAUAUAUCUGGAGUAGAAUCCAAUAAAACUUAGUAGUAUUUGUAUCUCUUAAUUUCGUAAAUAACUUCACCCACUAUGCUUGAUGCAAUCAGAUGAAUGAAUUCCGCAAAAUUUAUAUUUGAUAUAUAUGGUCCUUUUCCUUCAUUAGCAUUUCAUUGAAUUUGAAUAUGUUUUGCCAUAAAAGUGUCAAAUUUGGCUAUUAAUUCUAACAAGCCUAAAUAAUUUCCAUUGUGGGGAACUAACGAUUUCGUUGCUGCCCCGAAAUGAAAGACCUCGUUCAGCUAAAAAUUUUAUUUAUAUCAAAAAGAUCACUGUCUUCAUUCUUGAUUGUCAUUUCUUAGAUAGAUAGAUGUGUGCAAUGGUUAAUGUGAGAAUUAUCCCACCAAAAUUAAUUUAAUAUAAUCUUGCAUAGCGAAAAUUGGUCAAGGAUUUAUCCAAGCCCUCAUAUAUUGUAUAUAAUAACUAGCUGACACAGCAGACGUUGCCCUGCGCGAAAUUAUUUGUUUUGAAAAGAAAACAAAGUGGAAUUUAUAUUGUGUUGAAAAUAUUUAUUGCGUUUUUCCUAAAUUUUUUCAAUGUAACGCAGUUUGAAAAACAACAAUUUUUGUUUUCUGUUCCGGUGUGUAAUUAACAAUUCGGUGCAUGUGGAUUGCAAAGCAUAGUAAUGACAGAUCCAACUUUGAGACGCAAAUGCUGCGGCGGCAUGCCAGGCAAAUCCAAAUAAUUUGGAAAUUCAACUGCAUAAUUCACGGAUUAGUCUUCAUUUUCAACACAAAUCUCCCGGAAUUUGCGUGUGCACUCAACAUAUUGUAGUUACGAUAAUACCCCUGACAGACUGCGGCUCGGAAAUACUGCUUUAAUCGGGGUUAAUUCGAGAGUUAUCUCAGUUAACUCCGUUUGCUAACUCCCAUUUAAUCCUCAAAAUUUUAGAGAGUUAGUGGCCGCUUUUUAUCUAUUGUGAAUGAAAAUAUGCAAUACUGACAGCUGUUUUUCAAUUAAAUGUAAACAAAAACAUAACCAUGCUAAUUUUUUCUAAAAUAGAAGUUCUAAUAAUAACAUAUUUAUGUCUAUUUUUUUAAUAAUUAGUGAUUUUGUACUAUUUGUGCGGCUAACAACCGCAAUAAUUGCUUUCUAUCCAAUUUUAUUUCACCAAAAUGGAAAUAUUAUUGUCAAUCAGCUGUUAUGGGAGUUUAUAACUCGCUUUGCUGCCGUCUGUCACCCACAAAAUUGGACCUGAUUAAAAGCGCAGUUAAUCGGGAAUAACUCUGCCGUCUGUCUAGCGUAUUAAGCCUAUUGUACACACAAUCCAGAUGUUAAAAUAAAGAGGCAACAGUGUAGCUCUACCUAUUUUCUUUGGGUAAAAAUAUUUAAAUGUACGCAAUCAAUUUUCGAGCUGUGUCCAUGCCUUAUGUUUUCUUUAAUCAAUUAAAUUUUUUAUUUUAAAUUAAAAAUAUUAAACAUAUAUUUGCAUUGUGCUUUUUGUCAAUAAUUUGUCCUUUGAGUCGUUUUUACUAUUGUGAAUGUGUUAAACAAAAUUUGGUAGCAAUGACGCACGCGGCGAUAGAUUUUUGGAUUCAACUUGGCUGUUGCUUUCACACAUAAAAUUUUUGACCUUACUACUCCUUAUGUACUGCUGUAACUAUAGUAACGAAAAUGUCAAAAGAAUGAAAAGAUGAUCGACAGACACCACCUCUUUGUCGAUGUUAAUGCUGCAUUCAACAGCACGAAAAUAUGCGGUUUUAUGUGACUAUGACUGAAUUUGGUUCUCUGCAAAACUAAUACGGCUGUGUAAACUGACGUUGAGCAACACCAGAAGAAAACGAGAUUUCAGGCAGGAUGACUCAAUAUCGUGACUUUUACAAUCUAUUGCUGAAAAUAAUAUGAGCUGCAGAACUUAAGGGGUUAGGUGGGUUUCAAAAUUUGAAAACAAAGGCAUUGUCUUAUUAAAUAGUGCAAUAUGUUUAAAAUAUUGGGCCUAAUCAUUGAAUCCGUUUCAAUCGAGAAAUGGUUUGAUUCGAUAGAAAAAUUUUACGUCGGAAUCAUUGAAACCGUAUCGAAAAUAAAAUGUACGAUCACAUUGAACUCACUUACCGACUCGAUAAAACCCAUUCCGCGGCUAAUAGAUGUCGCUAAUUACGAAAUCAUUGAAUCACAAGUAAGGAAAGGCUAAAUUCGUGUGCAACCGAACAUUUUAUACUCUCGCAAUUUAUUUAGAGAUUUACCUAUAUUUUCGGUGAAAAAUUACUGAGUUUUUCAUGUUUGAUAUCAGGGGCCGUGAAAAGUCAUGGUUCGAUUUUGACAAUUUUUCCACAAGUGAUAUCACAGCUCAAAUACAGUAUUUGUGUAGUUUUAUUGCGCUACCUUCAUUGGUUCCUGAUGUAUAUAUUAUAAAGUGAACGAAUCAAAUGGAAUUCAAAAUUGUAUUAUAUGGGAAGUAGGCUUGGUUGUAAACGAAUUUCGCCUAUUUUCAAUAAGUAACAUCAAGAUGUCUAGAAAAUAUUACUUACCGAGUUUUAAUGAAAUCGAUGAGUAGUUUCUGGGAUAUGGUUUUUGAUCAAGAAGUGGGCGACGCCAUGCCCAUUUUUCAGUUUGUAAAAAACCGUAAAAUUUAAUUUUUAGUUAGUGAGUUAACGCACUUUUAGCAAUUUUCUUAUAACCUUGGUAUGGGAGGUGGGCGAGGUUAUUAUGUGAUUUUACCUAUUUUAAUGUUGUGUGAUGGAGUACUUAAGGGAAAUGAUUGCAGAAUGUUUAAUUUAUAUGUAUUUAGUGGUUUGUGAGAUAUAUACAAAAAACAUAUUUGGGACGGGGCCACGCCGUAUCAGAAAAAUAUCAUCCAAAUAUGCACCUUCCUAGUGGGAUCCUCUGUACCAAAUACUACAUACUAAGCCAUAAACAAAACAAAAAGUUAUGACGCUUUAGGUUUUCGGUUUUCGACAUUUUGUGGAUAUAGCAAUGGUCUUAUUUCGACCAAUUUCAAUAGCAAUCCUCCCACAGUUCCAAGGAAGAUGCGUUUCAAGGUUUGUCAAGAUAUCUUAAUUUUUACAAGUUAUCCGUUGCAUACGGUCAUUCGGCCGGACAGACAGAUUUCAACUCGUCUCGUCAUCCUGAUCAUUUUGAGAUAAUAACCCUAUAUCUAUCUCGUUUAAUUUUAGGACUUGCAAACAACCGUUAUGUGAACAAAACUAUUAUACUCUGUGCAACAUGUUGCGAGAGUAUAAAAAUGUUUACUGUAACUUAAAAUUAUUUUAGUUUUUGGUUUAAUUUGGAUUCUAAGAUUAAUUAAAGUUAAGGAAGUCUACAUUUAUUAAUGUUGCCACAGAUACUGAACAUAAAUGUCAAAUACGAAUUAGGAUUGUAUCUUUAUUGAAUGAGAAUGAAUGAAUAUUAAAAUAUAAAAUGACAAUUUCAAUUUUGUAUUAUGUUUACUGGUACUAAGAUAAAUAUUUUUUCCUUACUUUUUUAGUUCACGUUUAAUAUAUUAGAUGACUUCCGGGAAGCUUAUUAUUGGCUUUCACAAAAUACUGACGACAAUGCCCGUAUUAUGUCAUGGUGGGACUAUGGUUAUCAAAUUGCUGGCAUGGCAAACAGAACUACAUUGGUUGACAAUAAUACUUGGAAUAAUAGUCAUAUAGCAUUAGUUGGAAAAGCUAUGUCAUCUACUGAGGAAGCAUCAUAUGAAAUUAUGACUUCUCUAGAUGUAGAUUAUGUUCUCGUUAUAUUUGGUGGAGUUAUUGGUUACUCCGGUGAUGAUAUAAAUAAGUUUUUAUGGAUGGUUCGAAUCGCUGAGGGAGAGCAUCCCAAGGACAUUAAAGAAAGUGAUUACUUUACAGACAGAGGAGAAUUUCGUAUAGAUUCCGAAGGGGCACCUGCUCUUUUAAACUGUCUCAUGUAUAAACUGAGUUACUAUAGAUUCGGCGAAUUGAAACUUGAUUACAGAGGUCCAGCUGGAUACGAUCGAACGAGGAACGCAAUAAUAGGAAACAAAGAUUUCGAUCUUACUUUCCUUGAGGAAGCUUAUACUACAGAACAUUGGCUAGUACGAAUUUAUCGCGUAAAAAAACCUUAUGAAUUCAAUCGACCUUCAUUAAAACUCAGUGAAAGGAUAGUAACACCAACUAAUUAUAUCACGAAAAAGAAUCCUAAACGUCGUAAAGGAUAUAUAAGAAGUCGACCAACAGUUAUUAAAGGAAAAAGAACCAAAAAAAUCAAUAAUAUAAGCUAAACACUUAAACGUUUGUUUUUCCGCCAUGCUUAUGACUUUAUUUUCAGCUUUACAUCACUUUAGAAAAUAACAUUAUGCAUAAGCAUUAUAUAUCUGUCACUAUGUUAAUAAAAGUAAUAAAAGUAUAUUUGUUUCAUUAA